AUUCACCGCCGGAUUCUAAGUCAAUCGAAACAAUGCGUUUUAGUGACAGUUUGGAAGCUGGGAUUUAUCAACCAUGGAGGGAACAUUAUAUGGAUUAUGUAAAGUUGAAACAAUUUUUGAAGGCUGAUGAAGAAUCCCCUGUUUGGGGUGAAAACGACGAAUCCCGCUUCGUAUCUGCUUUGGAUGAUCAGUUAGAAAAGGUUUAUGGUUUUCAUCAGAAAAUUUGGAAGGACUUGAAUGAAUCAUUGACGAGUAUCGAAGCCCGAUUUAGCUCUUCCAACGAAUUCACCGAUGAAUCUUUAACAAAUGAAGACCGUUUAAAGCUUUUAGAGCAACUGGACUCUUGUACCGAAUUAGUUAAAAAAUUAGAGAAGUACACGAGAUUGAAUCUUACCGGUUUUUAUAAGAUCGUUAAAAAGCACGAUAAAUUACACAGUGCAUAUUCCCUUCGACCUAUUUUACAAGUUAGACUCCGUGCCUGUUCGCUUGGUAAUGUACAAUAUAAUCCAAUUUUGGCCCGAAUUUUUGCUCUAUACAACCCGCUGCGUGCAAGUCUUACUGGCGGUCAACCUUCUUUGAAUGCUCCCCGACAUAUUCACUCUUCAGAUGACAACGUAUAUCGUAGGCGAACUUAUCGAUUCUGGGUCCAUCAUGACAACCUCAUGGAAGUGAAAACAUUUAUUAUGAGACGCUUGCCUGUUUUAUAUUACUCUGGCAAACAUGGCUUUGAUCGAGACCGUUCUGCUGUAUCUGGUGUACUUGAUCCGAUUUCAACUUGUCUUUAUUUUGAUAAUCCUAAUUUUGAUUUGUAUAGCCAAAACCUUGAACGAUCUGAGCGAGCGUUUUCAUUGCGCCUGCAUUGGUACGGAAAGUUGAAUUCAAAAACCGAUAUUAUUGUAGAGCGCAUGGUUCGCGAAGGCAGCAGUCUGUCUCAUAGUGAGGAUCGUUUUGUUUUACGCGAGAAGAAACUCAAUGAAUUUCUAAAAGAAGCUUACGAUCCUGAAAGAAAGAAGAGUAGAGACGAUUCUACCGAUGUUUCCGCAGAUUCUUCUCAAAAAAAGCAGCUUACAGAAGAUGUCCAAAAGCUUAUCACAGAGUAUAACUUGCAACCCGUGCUAAGGUCCGUUUAUACCCGUACAGCAUUCCAGAUCCCCGGUGAUGAUUCUGUACGUGUUAACUUGGAUUCAGAUUGGGUAAUGAUUCGGGAAGAUUCAUUUGAUCAAGAACGACCUUGCCGUGAUCCUAUUGACUGGCAUCGACAUGAUAUUGACGAUGCCGAAUUUCCUUAUAAACAUCUUCGUAAGGGUGAGCAUUUUCGAUUUCCCUAUAGCAUACUUGAAAUUCGAGAGUGCUUAAAACCAGAUGAAGAAGAACCACUAUGGGUCUCUGAACUUCGCAGUUCUCAUUUGAUUUCCGAGGUUGAUGGAUUUUCUAAGUAUGAGCAUGGAGUAGCCGUUUUGUUUGAAAGAUAUGUCCCUCUUUUGCCGAUGUGGUUGUUUUCUAUGGAGCAGGACAUUAGGAAAGAUCCCGAAACUACCUACCCCGUUUCCAAAGAUACUGCCAGCUCAAGUAAUAUUUAUGUUAAACGAAGAGAUGAAACUGUAUUUACUAGUGAAUCGCCCCCAAAAACUUUCAAAAAAGCACCGGUCGUUUCGCGACGUUCUCAGGCUCCCAAUGCUGAAAUGGCAGCACCCCACAUACAACAGUUUAAGCAUCCUCAUGGAGAUCGGUUUAAUUUUAAAAGUAUUCCUGGUUUGUUAAAGCCUUCCACCUAUGGAUCAAUUUAUCGUCCCGGUAAAACAUACACGACCCCUCCUCAUAUCCAGAAGCCUGAAGUUCCUCUUCGUGUCAGUGGUCCUGUCAAAGUAGAAACAAAAGUCUGGCUUGCUAAUGAGCGUACAUAUCUUAACUGGCUUCAUGUUGUUGUUUUGUUUGGUUCCCUUUCUUUAGCUUUAUUCAACAGCGCCAAUGCCAAAACGGGACGUAUUUUCGGUAGUAUUUAUGUGAUGCUUGCCGUUUUCAUGGGAUUUUACGCUUGGAGACUUCAUGCAAAGCGUUGUAACUUGAUUAUGACACGUAGCCCUGCUCCUAUGACUGAGUACAGGGGCCCCUUAUUCGUUGGAGUUGCUUUAGCUAUUUCAUUGAUUGCUAAUAUGACAUUUGCUUUAAGAGGAGCGGUGGAACAAAAUCUUAUUGAAGAUGAUCACGUUCUUGUGAAGAUCUUUUGCAAGCAGUUUUUCUGAGCAUUACAAUGAAGUAUAAGAAUGGUCUUUUAGAUAUUUUUUUUUGCUUUGAUGAAAUAUCUCUCAAGUCAUUCUCUUGAAUGAAUGCAUAUACAAUAGCAUGGUUCCACUUUGUUAAUAGGUGCUAUUUAUUUUAUGAUUGUUGAAUAAUACUUUUUGGAUUUCCUAAUGAGUUUACUUUAGUGAGUGCUAUAAUUAAUAAACUAGUAUUGCUAGCGCA